UCACUGCUGGUUGCUUUGCUCAUUCCUUUCUCUCCAUUCUGCUCCUCUACCUUCUCUUCCUUCCUCCGCCUGCACUUUCCUCUUCCUCCUUCUCUUGCUUCUUUUUUUUUCUUCUGUUCUCUGCCCCCUCGCCCUGUUUCGACUUUUGUUUUUGUGUGGUUUAGAGUGCUGUCAAGAUGAGCACGGAGAAGGAGCGUGAGAGCCAGGUGUACAUGGCCAAGCUCGCCGAGCAGGCGGAGCGAUACGAUGAGAUGGUGGAGUCGAUGAAGAAAGUGGCGAAGCUUGAUGUGGAGCUGACAGUAGAGGAGCGAAAUCUCUUGUCUGUGGGUUACAAGAAUGUGAUUGGUGCCCGGAGGGCGUCAUGGCGGAUCAUGUCGUCGAUCGAGCAGAAGGAGGAGAGCAAGGGUAACGAACAGAACGUGAAGCGUAUCAAGGAUUACAGGCACAAGGUGGAGGAGGAGCUGUCUAAGAUAUGUCAGGACAUAUUGACCAUUAUCGAUGAGCACUUGAUUCCAUCGUCGAGCACUGGCGAGUCAACAGUCUUUUAUUACAAGAUGAAGGGUGAUUACUAUCGUUACCUUGCCGAGUUCAAGACCGGAAACGAUAGGAAAGAAGCCGCUGACCAAUCUUUGAAGGCUUAUCAGGCUGCAUCCAAUACAGCCACGACGGACUUAGCGCCCACCCACCCUAUCCGACUUGGGCUCGCACUUAACUUCUCAGUGUUCUACUAUGAGAUUUUGAACUCACCUGAGCGGGCAUGCCAUUUGGCGAAGCAAGCAUUUGAUGAGGCUAUCGCUGAGCUGGAUACGUUGAGUGAAGAGUCGUACAAGGACAGCACAUUGAUCAUGCAGUUGCUGAGGGAUAAUCUGACUUUGUGGACAUCGGAUCUCCAGGAGGAGGGAGGUGACGAUCAGCCCAAGGGAGAUGAUAUGAGGGGUGAUGACGGAAAGUAAUGCUGAAGGAUAUAUGUGGAGAAAUCCCAUUAAGAGCUCAGGAUGAGGCGUUGUGCUGCUGCGAGCUCGGCAUUGUCUACUAUUCGUCUCGCGUAGGUUGUGCCGCGUGAGAUGAGCUGUGCAUAGUGGGUUUGAUUAUGACGUUAAAUUCCAAUGAAGUCCAAUAUUGAAAGGAACGACACCUUCAGACACUGUUAGGUAAUAUAUGAUAAGAUCUGGGACCAGGAUGGUUCGUUUUCUUGUUCUGUGGUUCCCCUAUGAUACUGUUGCGUUGUGUGUUGA